CCGCGGGCGCGCCCGCAGCGAGGGCCGGGCCGGGACCGCGCCGGGCCGGGGGCGGGGGCGGGGCCGGCAGGGACCCCCGGGAGCGCACCGGCCGCACCGGGGGUGACGUCAUCGCGUCACGGAGGGGAGCGGCCGCCGCGGGUCACGUGGCGCCGCCGGGCCGGCAGGGGGCGCUGAGGGCGGCGCCAUGGCGGAGCGCGAGGGCGAGCGCGGGGAGCGGCCCCGGGACGCGGGGAGCGGCCCCGCUCGCGCUGCCGUCAGUCCCGGCGGGAACCCCGAGGCAGCCGCGCCGGCGGCGGCGGGACCGCAGGCCCCGGAGCUCUCCCGGGAGGAGAAGCUGCAGCUGCGGAAGGAGAAGAAGCAGCAGAAGAAAAAGAAGAGGAGCGAGAAGGGGCCGUCGGCCGAGCCCGCGGAGCCGGGCGCGCCCCCCGAAGCGGGGCAGCCGCGGGCAGCUGCCCAGCCCACGGCCCCCCCUGCCUCGGCCGAUGGCCCCGGUGACGGCGAGAAACCCGCGGCGGGCAAGAGCAAAGCAGAGCUGCGAGCGGAGCGCCGGGCUAAGCAGGAGGCUGAGCGGGCCCAGAAGCAGGCCAGGAAGGCGGAGCUGAGCCAGGCAGCCACGACGGCCAAGCCCCGGCAGAGCCCCACCGAGCCCCAGUCCAUGGUGAAGCGGCUGCCGGAGCACGUGCAGGUGGAUGACCCCGCUGCCCAGAGGAAACUGGCCAAGAAGCUGGAGAGGCAGCAGGUACCUCUGAGGCAGGACUAUGGCACCAAGGUCAACCUGUUCUCCCACCUCCACCAGUACAGCCGGAAGAAGCCACUGACGCAGCAGAUGAGCAUCCCCUCCACAGUGAUCCACCCAGCAGUGGUGCGCCUCGGGCUCCAGUACUCCCAGGGCAUCAUCAAUGGCUCCAACGCCCGCUGCAUCGCGCUGCUCGAAGUCUUCAAACAGCUGAUCCGGGAUUACUCCACUCCCCCCAAUGAGGAGCUGUCACGGGACUUGGUGGCCAAGCUGAAGCCACACAUCAGUUUCCUGAACCAGUGCCGGCCUCUCUCAGCCAGCAUGGGCAAUGCCAUCAAGUUCCUCAAGAAGGAGAUAUCGUGCCUGCCUGACACCCUGAGAGAGGAUGAGGCAAAGGAGAAGCUCCAGGACGUGAUUGACAAAUACCUGCGAGAGAAGAUUGUCCUGGCAGCUGAGGCCAUCUCAAGGUCUGCCUUUGAGAAGAUCAACGACCACGACGUGAUACUGGUGUAUGGAUGCUCCUCCCUGGUGAACCGCACGCUGUGCGACGCCCACGCCAAGAAGGGCGGCGCGUUCCGCGUGGUGGUGGUGGACAGCCGGCCGCGCCUGGAGGGCCGCGAGACGCUGCGCCGCCUGGUCCGCCGCGGCAUCCACUGCACCUACGUCAUGAUCAACGCCAUCUCCUACGUGCUGCCCGAGGUGUCCAAAGUGCUGCUGGGAGCCCACGCGCUGCUGGCCAACGGCUCUGUCAUGUCCCGCGUGGGGACCUCGCAGAUCGCGCUGCUCUCCAAGGCCUACAACGUGCCCGUCCUGGUCUGCUGCGAGACCUACAAGUUCUGCGAGCGGGUGCAGACAGAUUCCUUUGUCUCCAAUGAGCUGGAUGACCCUGAUGACCUGAUUGUGCUCCGGAAGGGCCAGGCCCAGCUUGGGGGCUGGGCAGAGAACAAGUCCCUGCGCCUUCUUAACCUGGUGUAUGAUGUGACGCCCCCAGACCUGGUGGAUUUGGUCAUCACAGACUUGGGCAUGAUCCCCUGCACCUCAGUGCCUGUGGUCCUGCGCGUGAAGAAUGUGGAUCAGUAGUCAGAGCAGCUGCAUGGACACUAAUAAACCAGGCCCCAGUACGCUGUGUGUGCCAUCUGUGGUGUGGCAGAGCCCUGGCACCCGUGCCAUCCAUGUCACCACUGGCACAGCUCUGCACCUUCCUUGGGGCCUCUCCUUCCA